GAUACAGGUUAGACUAGAACAGGUCACUAACAUUCUUUGCGUUAGGAGCAGUUAGGAGUUAGGAGUAUUUUUGUAAUCACUUACUGCUGUCCCGCGUUACACGUGGCCGUUUGUUAACUCACAGAUUUCUAACAUAUAUAAUGGGGAAAGGUCGAAGACAUAAGCCGAAAAAAAGUUUUGCUGAGAAACGGCGCGAAAAACAGAAGAAAAAAGAUGAAUGGAAUACUACAAUGAGUCAAAGCUAUGCAGACAUCGUCAGGGAAAAUAAGGAUUUUGAAAAUUAUUAUAAGACUCAGAAAAUUGUUCCUGAAGAUCAAUGGAAUUCGUUUAUGUCUACUAUGAAGGAGAAUCUUCCAGUAGCAUUUAGAAUCACGGGAUCAAAAGGAGAAGCUAGAGUAUUGCUUGAAACUAUUAAAAGUAACUUUUUCAAGGAGAUCUUGAACAUGCAAACGAAUGAAAGUUCAGAUAAAACUGAAGAACCAAAACAGAUAUUGAAAUGCAUACCAUUUUACCCUGAUGAACUUGCUUGGCAAUUACAGUUAACUAGAAAAGACAUCAGAAGAUCAGAAGCGUAUUUUAAGUUGCAUAAUUUUUUAAUUGUUGAAACUGAUUGUGGAAGUAUCAGUAGACAAGAGGUGGUCAGCAUGGUACCACCUUUAGUAUUAGAUGUAAAACCAUAUCAUAAAGUCUUAGACAUGUGUGCAGCACCAGGAUCAAAAACAGCUCAACUGAUAGAAAUGAUACACUCUGAAAAUGAAAGUACACUACCAGGUGGUUUUGUAAUAGCCAAUGAUCUUGACAAUAAUCGGUGUUACAUGUUGGUGCAUCAGGCAAAGAGAUUGAACAGUCCUAGUAUUUUGAUCACAAAUUAUGAUGCCUCUGUAUUGCCUAGGUUUACCAUUGAUAAAACAGAUGGUUCCAAACAGACAUUAAAAUUUGAUAGAAUACUUGCAGAUGUACCAUGCAGUGGUGAUGGUACCAUGAGAAAGAAUCCUGAUAUUUGGUGCAAAUGGAGUCCAGCAAAUGGUAAUCAUCUUCAUGGAAUUCAGUAUAGGAUAGCAAGGAGAGGAUUAGAGCUAUUAGCAGUUGGAGGGAGGAUGGUGUACUCCACUUGCUCACUAAAUCCAAUUGAAAAUGAAGCUGUACUUCAUAGACUGCUUCUUGAAACUCAAGAUUCCGUGCAAUUAGUCGAUUGCAGGGAUUUAGUACCUGGAUUAGUGUGUAAUCCAGGUGUAUCAAGCUGGAUACCGGCGUCCAAAAAUUUGCAAUAUUACAAAUCCUGGGAAGAUGUACCGGAACAGUGGCAGACACAAAUUCGACCGCAGAUGUUUCCGCCAAAACCGGAGGAUGCUUCCAAAUUUCACUUGGACCGAUGCAUAAGAAUAUUGCCACAUCAUCAAGAUACUGGCGGGUUCUUUGUGGCUAUUUUGGAAAAGGUAGCGGAAUUACCUUGGGAAUCUGAAUUGGGUCCAACUAGUGAAACUGUAAUUAAUUCUAAUUCUACAGAAGACAGUACCGAAUUGAAUUCGGAGCAAGCGAAGACAGAAACUGCAAAUAAUUCUAAUUCUGUAGAAAGCAGUAAUGCAUUGAAUUCAGAACAGCAAACGAAGACAGAAGUUGCAAAUGAUUCUAACUUAAAAGAAGACGAUAAUGAAAUGAGUUUGGAAGAAGAAUCGAUAAGAGACUCGCAACUGCGAAAAAGACUACUAGAAGAUGAAAACAAACAACGUGAUCCCAGAAGAAAACGUAAAAAGUAUACGGGAUACAAAGAAGAUCCGUUUGUAUUUUUUAAGGAUGAUCAGGAAGACGUAUGGCUGUCUAUUAAGAAGUUCUAUGACAUAUCGGACGAGUUGGAUCCUCGAUGUCUUUUAGUGAGGUGUCUUAGCAGGAAGAAAAAAAACAUUUAUUACACAUCACCAGAAAUUCGCAACGUUGUAAUCUCUAACGAAGGUCACAUAAAAUUAAUAAAUACCGGCGUGAAAGCAUUUGUACGUUGCGAAAACAAGAACAUGGGUUGUCCGUUUAGGCUCGCGCACGAAGGAUUGCAAUGUAUUAUUAAGUACAUUGGCGAUUCUAGGAAAAUCAAAGUGACUAAAGACGAUCUGACACUGAUUCUACAAAACUUCAAUCCACACACACCGCCUGAGGUAACAAAACUCGAUGCAGGCACUCAAGAACGUUUACGCAAUUUUGCCGUCGGAAGUUGUAUACUUAUAUACGAGGAAAGCGAAGCAAAACAUCCGUAUCCAUUGAAGUUGCAAAUAGUGGGAUGGCGAGGAACGAUGUCUCUAAAAGCUUAUAUUUCCAGAAAUGAUGCAAUUCAUUACUUACGACUGUUAGGGGUUGACUGUUCGCAAUUUGAGAAAAAUAAAUUUAAAGAAAAUCGCGAAUCGACAGCCACCGAACUAAACAGCAGCGGAGUUGUUCAUAAUGUUAUCAAAGAAGAAGAAGAUAACGCACAGAUAGAAGAUGAAGCAGAACUCUAAAGUGAAAUGAAAGAGGAACACAUAAUAUCGUAAUACAACGUACAGUUCCUUUAAUAUCUAUAAAUAAAUUUUUUAUUUUGUUUAAAUGUUUAAUGACAGUAUUCGUCGUCCGAAGAAAUGACGAGAUGAAUGUUAUUAGAUGUACCACGAUGAACACACAGGCCUGCGAGAUUUAGAAACAGGAAUCAGGGUGCUCAUUUUCUACAUAAUUUUUAAUGCUAGAUUCGAAUCGAUUUUUGUUUCUGUUAUGUCUCGAAAUUUCGCAGAUUUGUGUUGUAUUGUACAAGAACGAAAUAAACCGUUUACACAAGGGAAAAAAGAAGCGACAGU